CACGCGCUUCCACGCGCUGCACAACAUUUUCCUGAAUUCGCACCGAACGUGCUGAAUCCUCGUCACGGGAAGUCCAUCAAUACCUCACAGGGCUAAAACAUCAUUCGUGCAAAUCUUCUUGUCCGGUUGGCGUCGUCUCGUGCACGUUGAAGCCAUUCGGCCGAGCUUCGUUGAGCUUAGCUUAGCUUAGCAUGCUAACAAAGAGACACGUUUGGGAUCAACAUUUCAAAAGUCACUGAUGGUGUCGUGGUUCAUUUGCCUGACUUCAAUGCAGCCAGCGUGGGUUUGGUUCCCACUCAGUGGUGGUCUCUCCAGUUGUUGCGAUCGUCGUGUGAAAAUGUGUGCAAGGACAGCAGAGUACGAGGAGGAACUUUGGGGCCCAAAAGAGGAGAAGGAGCCACAACGUCAACUGCUGGACGCUGCGUUCAAUCGGCAGCCUCGAAUUGUGCUACGCAGAGCAGACGUCAGUGAAUAUCUUCAUCCUGAGCGGCAGCAGUCAGUGUCCCCUCACAUGAAAGAGGAAGAGGAGGAUGAAGAGGUUCAACACAUCAAAGAGGAGGAGGAAGAGUUCCUUCACAUGAAAGAGGAAGAGCAGGAGGACAUCAUCAAGGUUCCAUCGACUGGUGUCCCCUUGAAGAGUGAAGAUGAAGGUCGAAGUGAGGAGAGACGAGGGGCGGAGCCACCAAACGGCAACAGCUCAAGUGACGGAGACCACUGUGGAGGAUCACAAACAGACGGUGGUGAUGAUGAUGAUGAUGUUGAUGAACAGUUGGAAGGUGAUAUGACAUGUCACACUGCCAGUAAAUGCUGGAAAUGUUCUAAAUGUAGGAAAACCUUUGCUUCGAAGAGCAAUUUCAAACAACACAUGAAAAUACACACUGGAGAGAAACCUUUUGCAUGCUCAGUUUGUGGUCAAAGAUUCUCCCUAAAGGAAAACUUAAAUAGACACACAAGAACCCACACUGGUGAGAAACCUUUUGCAUGCUCAGUUUGUGGUCAAACCUUCUCUCAGAAGGGACACUUAAAAAUACACACAAGAACGCACACCAGAGAGAAGCCUUUUGCAUGCCCAGUUUGUGGUCAAACCUUCACUCACAAGGAAAGCUUAAAAAUACACGCAAGAACACACACUGGAGAGAAGCCUUUUGCAUGCCCAGUUUGUGGUCAAACCUUCACUCGGAAGGGAUAUUUGACGGGUCACGCAAGAACACACACUGGAGAGAAGCCUUUUGCAUGCCCAGUUUGUGGUCAAAGAUUCACUCGGAAGGAACACUUAAAAAUGCACACAAGAACCCACACUGGUGAGAAACCUUUUUCCUGCUCAUGUUGUGGUCAAAGGUUCUCUCAGAAGCAACACUUAAAAAUACACAUAAGAACGCACACUGGUGAGAAACCUUUUGCAUGCUCAGGUUGUGGUCAAAGAUUCUCUCGUAAGGAUCGGGUUAAGACACACAAGUGUCCUGGUGAGACAAGCAGUGAUCAAGAAGCUUUUAAUGCAAAUGUAAAUGUUUAAUAUAAAAGUAAUGACUAUGUCACUGACAGAAAUAUACAUGCUUGUAUUCUGUGUACCAGCUUUUAUUUGAUGUAUCUUCUGAUGGAAAAAAUGUAAAUAAGUUAUCAUGUGUUGUGCUUUUCUGCUUACUUUUAGUUCGAGAAAUGUUUUAUCACUGCGUGCAAAGUUUUCUCCCACAGGAUGAGUCAUGUGCUUGCAGGUGCAAGGACAAAUUUGAGCUGGAGUCUUCCUGUGUCUUGAUAAGAAGUAUAUCAUUCUUCUACUGUCUCAACCACAACGAAGAGUGUUAUGUGCUGAUCAACAAGCAUGUAUGCCCCCACCUUUUUGACGUCGUAACUCAUAUGUAACAAGGGAACUGCCCUAAAGUAAUAAAAAGAGAGAAUCCGGCAGAGUGAACUCAGAAAAAUGGUUGGAGACUGUAACUCAGUACACUCUUGGCCGUUUUCUCCUUGCAAGUCUGGAAACUGAACGACCUCUGUGUCUGUCUU